GCGCGUCUACUAUAGUAUACAUUUUCUGAUAAGAAAUUUGUAGCUACUGCAAAUGUUAUUUUCGUUUCGUUUAGUUUUUGAAUUAAAAAUGCCUUAAAAGUAAUUACUGUUUGCGCCAACCAUGUGAAUUCAAGUGCCAUUAAAAUGUGGAAAUGGAGCGCCAAUCGAAAGCAAACGAAAAUCCCUUAAAAGUCGCAGCGCACACAAAGCCAACUGUCUGAGCCAGACCAGUUAGCCAAUAAAUAAACAGCACACACAAAAUCCAAUCAGACAGAAAAGUGGACAAAACACUUUAUCAAUGAUGUCCAAUGAUGUGCAAAUAGCGCGCGUUGCCAAGAUUGGUGCGGAGUUGGCGCGUCGUCAGCAGCAAAGGGAUAUCAAAGCCAUAUCAAAGGGUGUAGGCGGCGGCGGAGGUGGCGGUGGAGUCAUGGGCGAUGACAUUGAAUUCGUCUUCGGCAGCAUAUCACCGCGAGGCGGAGGCGGUAUAUACGGCCCCAGCGCUGCACUGGGCCAACACAGACAUAUUGUGGACUCUAUUGAGCUAGAUUCGCCGGAGCAUACGCAGCGGGACACGACUGAGAGCGACAACAACAUUUCUAGCUGCUCGACCCUCGAUAUUGUCAACAAAGUAGAGCAAUUGUCGGUGCAACAGCUGGAGAAUCGAGUGCGCGAGCUAUCGCAGCGCCUGCAACAGACUGAGCGCCAGCUCGCUGAAAGCAAUGCGGAGCGUGAGAUGUGUCACAAACGCCUGGAGGUGGUUAGCCAAGCGCACGAAUGCCGCAUCACCGAGAUGCACUGCGUCAUUGCAGAGCUUAGCAAGAAGUUGCGCAGCAAACAAGAGCAUAUCAUAAUGGAGGAGCAGGAGCCGGAGGGCGAGGGCAGCGAAGUCAGCUAUCAAGAGGGUUCCAUAUACAAUUCGGAGCUAAAUCUAACCAAUGCGGAUGGCGAGUGUCAAACGGAGCCAUUGGAGGAUUUCGAGGGCGCCUGUUCCAGUACCGAGAAUGCGCACAUCAAGCAACAGGACGCCAUUAGCAAGGGACAGCUUGAGGCGCUGCAGGAGGAGGUGCUGCAUCUGCGUGCACAGAUAGCGCUGCUGCAGGCCGAGAUGGCCACCAAGGACAAGGACUCAGCCGUCGUGGAGGAUCAACCCAAUGUCAUAUACUUUGCCUGCGAUAUGGAGGCCAAUGAGAAUGGCAACCAACUCAAUGAUUUGAAUGCCUGCGUAUCCGUAACCAGCCCACAAAAGUGCGUUAAAAUGGCCGAGCGCGUGAAACUGCGUUGCGCCAGCAAAAGUGAAUCGCAGCUGGAUGCCUCGCCUGACCUGGAGAAAGACCAUACAGAGCUGAGCAAUGAGGACAUCAAUCUUGUCGAGCAUUUGGUUUGCAAACAGAACACUUUGAUGGAUACUUUGAUGGCGCCCCUACAACUGGAGCUGGAGCGAGUGCAGCGCCAGCUGGAGCAAAUGAAGGUGCGCAACACAUUGCUCUCGCUCACCUUGGAUGAGUCCAAGGAGCACACCGAGCAUCUCUAUCUGCUUUGCGGCAAAUACGAAUCGAAUGCUGUGGCCCUACAGCUGGCGCUCAACUGCAGCGAUCGCGCCAUCGAGGCGUACGAUGUGAUGUUGGCAUUGCUGGAGAGCAGAUUGGCCUUGCUGAACGAUAAAUCCGCUGCCGCCGAGGAGAGUCGACGAGCCGUGGAAACAGUGGCACAUCAUCUGUUGGCCCGACUGGAGAGCGAGAAGGAUCUGUGCGAGAAUAGCUUGGGUCCAUGGCAGCACAACAUGAAUCUAGGUGUGGAAAAUGUGCCCAAGCACAAGCAGCAAUGGUCAAGCGACGAUGAUAAUCGUCUGCGUUGUCAUGUCUCAAAGCUGAAGGGUCGCCGCGCCGUGGUGCAACAGACCAUAGUCAAUCUGGAGUCGCCAUUCUGCGAUGUGUUUGAGAAGAAACGGCUGGCCUUGGAAAAGGAUCAGGAGCUGGACAAGGAGAAGCACUCGCCCAUGGAUCUGGAGAUGGCUGUCAUCAUGCAGGAGCUGCUGGACUUGCGCGAGCAAAACCAACAGCUGAAGGCCAAAAAGGAGGAGGCCGAGCAAGAGCAGCAGUACGCGAAUGAGCGUGUGAGCAUUCUCCAUGAAGCAUUGAAGCAGCUGCAGGCCAACAAUCGGGUGUCCUACUCGGAGGCGGAGCAGGCGGCGCUCACCGAGCAGCAACUGGUCGAGGCGCUCAGCCGGGAAGCGGAGCUGAAGAGUCGCAUCCAGACCCUGCUGAACAUCAAUGCCGCACACAAGGCUAACGACGAGAAGUGCGAACAAAUGCAUCAGAACUUUCGGCAACUGCAAAAGUCAAAUGACAAUCUGAGCCAGCUGCUGGAGCAGAGCAAACGCAAAUAUCAGAUGCGCAUGAAGAAACUGGAGCAGAAGGUGGCCGACAUGCGGCUGGAGCAGGAGCAGCUACUGCUGAUGCAGCAGCGGCACAGGUUGCCCCACUCGGAACAUGUUCCUGAGACAACGCUGUAGAUGUUGACAGCGAAUCCUUUAAACUGUUUGCUUGGCUUUUUGGUUAAUCAAUGCACGGGAGCGAUGAAGCGCACAUGCCCGCCACAUAUCCUGCUAAUUGCUAUGGUUCCUUUAUAUGCUGCUCCUUUUCCUUUCGAUCCGCUACUGCUGCUGCUGCUCCCACCUCGCGCUCCUGGGCGGGCCAUAAGCCAUAGAUAGUAUCACAAAUGUGCCAUACACGACUACAACUGAGGACAGCGAAUGGAAGCUGUAUUAACUACAAUUACAUAAUCUCAAAUCUAGAUGUAUACACA